AAUAAAUACAGCUUGCAGUGAUUUGUAGAUUCAGCUUGACUUUAAUCACAAACCAAUGUCAAAAAAAUAGUGAGUUGUGGCAUCCAUGAAUGCAAGUAAAGACUUUACGUAAGGUUGAAGCUAAUGUCAACAACAUCCAAAAAUACCUUCAAACUGCAGCUGAAAGCCUCACACCACAAACAUGCUUGAUCAGAAUGAGAUUUAGGGAAUUUGGAGGCCAGGGCAACACCUUAAACUACUGAAAGAGGCCAUUGCCAUUAGGGACAACCAUUGCAAUGAAGGGGUAUACCUUGUCCACAAGCACUUUUAGUUAUGUGGCAUGUGUCAAAUAGACAUCCAGAAAGAUGUCUGGUCCCAGGGUUUCCGAGCAGAAUGUUGCCAAAGGCAUCAUACACCCUCCACUUGCUUAUCUUCAUACAGUGCAUCCUGGUGCCAUCACUUCCCCGGGUAAAUGUUGCACACUUACCUAGCCAUCCAAGUGGUGUAAAAGAAACAAGACUCAUCAGAUCAGUGGGUUGCAGCAUCCAGUAGAGGAGAGCAGCCUCAGUGACGAGGGGGGGAGUGGAGCCCUUGUUCUGGCAGACGUGUCAGAACUUUUAGAGGAUACGGGAGUGGUAUCCUUGACUUUCCAAGAUGGACAACAAUAUGUCAGACUACAAUUAUGAUGAAAUUGUUGCUUCGAGUCAGAGCCCUGAGGUACAGACUGUGUUCCUAAACUACAUCAGGAUGCAAUACCUCAUUGUGUAUCUCAUCGUUUGCACCCUCGGCGUGACUCUCAACUCUUACGUGAUCAUAGCAGGCUGUCAUGUGUACCAAAAGGUUCAGAAUUCCACACCCAGCAUGUGGAUCCUGGCCCUGGCCGUAACCCACCUGGUCUUCUCUGCGUUCCUGGUGCUGCAGUUCCUCUAUGUCUGGUAUCACUUCAACUGGCACUACGGAGCAGCUCUUUGCAAGAUCUCAUCUUACAUUAUCUAUGGCAGCAUGUUCUCCACAGCUGCUCUGCUCAGCCUGUGGAGCAUCAGCAGCAGCAUAAGCAGCUGCGCUGAGGGGCUUUGUGCUAGGUGCAGCAGGCAUGGCACGACCCUGGUCCUGCUUCUGAGUUCCUGGACAUUCGGGGCUGUCCUCAGCAGCCCGUCUCUGCUCUCCCGAGAGCUUCGCUACACUAAUCUUGGAGAGGAGUGCAUCGAUGACUACGAUUUGGACAAACAGAAUACAACACCUGAUGGCAUGAAAAACUUCACCGCUGUUGUUCUCAGCAGGUUCCUGCUGGGGAUUUUGGUUCCAGUGUUCAUGAUGACCAUCAGUGCCUGUCUGGCACGACGGCAGAGUCAUGAUCAGGAUGGGAGCCUGAAGAGGGUCACCUGUGCAAUAAAGGUGGCUUACUUCAUCUGCUGGACGCCCCUGCUUGUUCUGGGGCUCCUUCAGGUUACAGAAAAAAACCAUGAAUCUUUCACAUAUGGAUUACCAGCAGCAACCGUGUUGGCUGCAGCUCAUUCUGUCAUCAACCCAGUGAUCUAUCUUUUCCUGGGACGCAAAAUGAAUAUGCGGUGGAUGGCCCCAGGUUACACCGACCAAGAAUAUAACUCUGGUCAAGGCGUGGCACUGAACACCACAAGGCCGGAUUGGUGUACGUAGUAAACAAACCUUUGAGGGAACAUUUUCACCCACAGUCAUUCCAGCGCCUGAAGAGGUCAUUAGGAGACACAUUCCUUUUUCAAAGGCGAGUCCAGAAUCAGGAUAUUUGGGCCUGAACAGAGUCCAUGAACAGAACCAUCUUCCUGUGGUAGCUUGUGACCAGAAUUUGAAACAAAAAUAAAAGACUUUCAGAAAAAGUCAUUCACUUCUAGUUAGGAGACUUCACACAAAAUCUCAUCUUUUGUCAGAUGGAUUCACUAGAUAGAAGAGGCUGCAUGUGGCGGAGUCCAAAAUGAAUGUGCUUUUUCCUGCUUCUCAUAGUUAGUAAUUACAAUUACACAUUUAAACCAUAUGCCACAUCUCUGAUGUCCAUGUUUGCUGUUCUAGUGUACAUUUCUUUUUCUCAGUAAUGGUUCACUUGAUGGGGACUCAAUCUUUCCGACCCACAACACUGACUUGUCUUCACACAGUGGAAGGAUGGACAGAAACACCUGUGAAUUGUUUCAGAUAUGAAACAAGAGUGGAGCUUGAUUUUAUCUCAUAAAGAUGAAAGCUUUAAGUGCUGUUUAUCUGAUGAUGACAGUUUUGGUGGUCUUCCAUUUUCUCUGUAUCUUGUAAUAACUUUUUGAAUUUUGAAAAAAAAAAUUGCAUGUAUUUUCUUGGAAUGUAUCCUUAAUUUGAAUAUCUUACUGUCUGUAUAUAUAUAUAUAUACACACACACACACACACACACACAUAUAUAUAUCAUGUGCAAAUACGUGUAUAUAUGCAUGAAACGUAAGUGACCAGUGCAAAAGUUGUUUUGCACUAGAAUCUUCAGAAAAGUUACAGAUUUAAGUUUAAACUAACCUUAGUCAUCAUACAUAAUAUUAAAUGCCUACAGCAUAGUCCUACAUAGUCCACCUCAUUUAGCCACCACUAUUAAAUAAUAAGAGCAAUCCCUACCCUUAAAAAAGGGCGGGGGGCACUUUUGCAAGGUUUUAUGUAAAAAUGGAUCUAAAACGUGUUAUAAAUGUGUUGUAAAUAAAAUAUAUUUGAGUUUUA